GGCUGAUGAAGGAGGAGAGGGAUGCUGCCCUGAAGAAACUUGAGGAUUUUGAAAGAGUGUCUCAUGGGGUGAUUAAGGAGGUGAGGAACAUUCAGGAGAACCUGGAGAUUGAGAAGACCUGCAGGGAGAGUGUAGAAGCGCUCGCCACCAAGCUGAAUAGGCAGAAUCGCUCUCUGAAGAGGAAGAGUAUGAUGUUCCUGGCUCAGCUGGGUCCUCAAGCCAUCACUGAGAUCAACCUGGACGAGGAGGACGAAGAGGAGGAUGACGAGGAGAAGCAGUGCAGCUCAGUCCAGUGCCAGCAGGUCAUCUCAGGGCUCCGGGAGAGGCUGGAGCAGGCGCUGGAGGAGAGGAGAGCCGUGGGGAUCCAAAUGGAGGAGACAAAGGAGCAGCUGGCAGGUGCUCUACAGGAGCUUGUGACAGAAAAGCAGCAGAAUUCCCUUUUGAUUGCCAACACAGCCCAACAAAAGCAGCUCUUGGGGAAGUAUGAUCGAGUGUCUUUGUUUGCGGUGGAGGAGUUUGAGGCCCUGGAGGAGAGUCUGGAGUUAGAGAGAGAUCUUCGCUCAGAGGCUGAGAAGUUCGCUAGAGAGAUGUUGGUGGAACAGAAGAAAAUGAAGAGACAGAGUCAGAUCCUGCUUCAAAGUGUUUCGACCAACGAAUCACUGCAGAAGGCCUUGGAGGAGGUGGCCAAGCUAAGCCACGCCCUCGAGAGCCAGGCCCUCCAGCACCAGCAUCAGAUGAAGGCCAUGGAGGAGAAGCUGAGCUCGUGCGAGUUGCUGAAGGAGGUGGCAGCUCUGCAGCACAAGGCGGAGCUUCUGCAGGAGGAGAAGAGGGAAUGCUGGGAGAUCCGCACCAAGGCUGAGACCGAGGCCAAGGACCUCAGGUUCACAGUGGAGGAGCUCCAGAAGAAGCUUCAGCAGGCCACCAACCCCACCCCCUCCUCCGCCCCUCCACCACCACCUCCCCCACCUCCUCCUCCUCCUCCUCCACCCACACAGGGCCUCCCCACUAACCCUCUCAGUGCACUGUUAGCCAUGCUGCGGAAAAAGAAAGACUCAGAUGUGGGAAUCCCUCUUGUUGAACAGGACUCCCCAGCCAAAGAACCAGAAAAAGACAUCCGGCAGCAAGCGGUGGAGGAGAUGAUGUUCCGUAUUAAGAAGGGGGUUAACCUGAGACCCGUCAAGCAGGAGCCUCAUCGAGCCAGACCACAGCCGAGACAGCGGAUCCCUUCCAACUCCGCCAUCCAGCAGCUGAGAGGCAUUCUGGACACUGUCCAUCAGACUGCCCACUCCUCUCCUCGCAGCCCCGUGCCUCGGAACACACAGGCACCCUCAGAGCUGGAGGUGGCGUUACUACGGCGACGAGGUGCACUCAAGAGCAGCUCACAGGACAGCCAAGAAGAAAAAAGCUCCGUCACUCAGAAGCAGUUCCCCAGCAGUGUUCUGGACUUGACCCGGAUCCGAAAGCCGGCACUGCCAACCCCCAGUCAGCACUUGUGGGUUCCGCCUGCCAGUUCCGUGGUGAAACCCACUCAGAACCAUAAGCACCCAGUGUUCAGCGCAGAACCGACAUCUGACCAGAGCUCUUAGAACCCCAAACUGAUCUCUCCCAUGUGAAUGCACAUGAAAGGGAAGGAUGAGGACGGAAGAAAAGAAGAAGAGAGAACGACAGAGAGAAGAGAGAGAAAAGGACAGAGAUGGCCUGCUGUGUCUUACACACACACACACACACACACACACACACACACACACACACACACUGAAUGAGAGGAAAACAGCGUGACGGCCACCUCUUCACCGUUCCUCACAAACACAAAUGGAGAAUGGAAAUCCAGCAGAAGGGAACCACAGACAGACAGGGCCCCAGAGCAGGGCCACAACUCCACUCUAAACUCUAAACUCUAAACUCUAAACUCCACUCUAGAACGGAUCGACUGUAUUGGGCCAAAACUCCACUCUAAACUCCACUCUAAACUCCACUCUAAACUCCACUCUAAACUCCACUCUAAACUCCACUCUAGAACGGAUCGACUGUAUUGGGCCAAAACUCCACUCUAAACUCCACUCUAUAACGGAUCGGCGGUAUUGGGCUAAAACAAUACCACUCUAUAACGAAUCGGCGGUAUUGGGCUAAAACAAUACCACUCUAUAACGGAUCGGCGGUAUUGGGCUAAAACAAUACCACUCUAUAACGAAUCGGCGGUAUUGGGCUAAAACAAUACCACUCUAUAACGGCGGU